AUGGCUGAUGAAUUUGUUGUUAACAUUUUAAAAGAACUUUCAUUAAGUGAAAACAUAAUUCAACUAUUCAAAGAUGAAGAAAAUUAUCGUUCUGCAUUUGUAUGUUUAACUGAGUAUAUGUUGGUUAAUUUGAUACCAAAAAUAGACCAAAGAGAAAAGAAAAGCAAUGUAAAAGAAAUCCUGUUAAAUCACUCUGAGGGAAAUAUUAUUUUAAAUUUUUAUGAAGCUCAUCAAUCUUUAAACAGUCUUAUGAGAAAUAAAAUGACUCAUAUUAUCAUCACUUCCAUGUUACAAAAAUUUGAGAACCAGACUUUACAAACACACUGUUUAAAGGCUUUAUUCUUAGAGAUCAUUCAAUUAUUUCCAACAGAAACCUCUGAGACUUAUUUUAUUCCAUAUAAAAGAGAAGGAAACAAAAAUACAUCUAAUAGAGGAAAACUUUGUGAUAAAUAUUGCAAUCUAAAAAAAAUAAUUAGAAAAAUUUCAAAUAAAAAUAAAUCUUCUAAAACAAUAACUGAUAGUUCAAGUUCAAACCACUCCAUUAACUAUGAAAGAAUUGAAGAUGACAUGCUUUGGUUGAAGAAUAAUGUAGCUCUUUGGGAAAUACUUUUAGAGAAAUGGGAUAAGACUUUUCAACUUCGAUACAAUAACUGCGUUAAAUAUACCAAUGGAAAAAACAUGCAUUUUAAAGAUUAUCCAGGGUUAAAAGCUUCAACAGCAUUUGUAUUGAAUGAUUAUAAUAAAUUAUUCCCUGAGAAAGAAUUUACUUUCUUUGUAAAAUUUGAAUAUUUUAAGGAA